AUGGCGGCGCCAUGGAGGACCUGCGGCCAGCAGAUCCAAGCCUGGCGGGUCGCCUCUUCCUCCAUAGGCGGGGCCCUCGCCUCCUCCAUCCACGGCGAAGCCGCGCCCCUGGGCCGACAGGUGCGUCGGGGAGCCGUGCACCUGGACUGGGCACGCUGCCCUAGGCCGACAGCCGCCGCUGCCGCCAACUGGCCAGGUGAGGUCGACCGCUGGGGAGGUGGAGGACAUGAUCGUGUGCGCCGCCAAAAGGGCCACCUGCCGUCGCACAUCGGUGCACUGCUCUACGACACGAACAGCGACCCGCUGGUCCACGGCGUCACGGGCGGCAAGAUCCUGCGCAUGCUCAAGGCCCGCGGGCUCGCGCCGGAGGUGCCCGAGGACCUCUACUUCCUCAUCAAGAAGGCCGUCGCGAUCAGGAAGCAUCUGGGCAGGAACCGGACGGACGUGGAUGUCGACACGGACGCCCGCUCGCGCGCUCGGCGGGGCAGCCCGCCUGCGCGCUCGCUCGCUCGGUGUCGGAGAUGGAGAAGACAGAGGAUGAGGGAGGCUCGACGGGGACGCACGCCCGCGCGCUCGGCUGGCAGUUUGUUGAAUAAUAAUGUUGCACUUCAAAACAGUAAAGUUAUAAUACCACGUAUCCAAUUAACCCUAUAA